GCUGCAUUGUUUCUUAGGGGCGGAGCGAAGAGGAAAUUUAAACGGAGCCGCGGGCGGAGGAGCCGAGUGGACUCCGGUCUCAUCGGGUCGCACGGACACAGUGCAACGGCCCCCCACGCAGGUCCCCGGAGCGGAGGCCGGACGGUCAGAGCCGCCCCGAUGGCCGAGACGAAGCUCCAGGCAGCGGACCCGGGGGUCGGAGCUGCCGGCCGGCCCGCCAGGCCGGAGAGAAUCGCCAGGAGGCCGCCGGGGCCCGGGCCCGCGGUCAGGCCCCAGCCUCUGGCCGGGAAGUCCUUCUACUUGGACCUGCCUGCCGGCAAGAACCUGCAGUUUCUCAUGGGGGCCAUCCAGCAGCUGGGCGGGGUGAUCGAGAGCUUCCUGAGCCGAGAGGUGAGCUGCAUCGUGUCCAGCCGGCGUGAGGCCAAGAUGGACAGCGGCCCGGCGGGCCCGCACCCCGGCCGCCCCGCCAGAGGCAAGCCGGAGACGGCCCCCCAGCCGGCCCCGCGCGGGAGGCAGACCCGGCUCCCCGCCUCCAAGCCGGAGAACUCGGUGCCCAUGAGCCGGGGGAAGGAGCUGCUGCAGAAAGCCAUCAAGAAUCAGGGCAGCGGGGGAGGUGGUAACGGCAGCAGCGGCAGCAGCCUCUUGAGCCACGCCCGCUCCUGGGGGGUGCGGAUCCUCCACGUGGACGAUAUGAUGACCCACAUGCAGCAGUGGUCCCUCGGUGGUGCGGGCAGCAAGAAGCAGGAGCCGAAGCCAGAGGGAACCGGCCCGGGGACGGAGACGCCGACACCCAGAGGUCCGCCCGGAAGCUCGUCUCUGAAGCCGCGCCUCUCCCCCGCCUUCCCCCAGCCCGGCGGACGGCGACCCCGACCCCUCCAUUCGCCCGGAGCGUCCGGCUUCCUGCCGGGCCCGGCCGCCCACCUCCCGGGAAACCAGCCCGUGGGCAGGCUGAAACCUCCGUACCUCAAGAUCGAAGACUGCAGUCGGACCUACCGCCCCUUCCAGCACCAGUUCAGAUGCUUCCCUGAGCUCACCUUCCUCGGACCCAGGGGAUCCAGCCCCUUCGAGCCGCCCAAAGCGGCUCCCGCCCCCCGCAAAGCCAAGGACCCCGAGGGAGGCGGGGGCAGCCCCUGCUCGGCCCUGGGCCACACGCACCCCGGAAGAGGAAAGGAUACUGCGAGUGUUGCCAGGAUCAACCUUCGACGGAGCUCCGACGGGAGCACGGGCAUCUCCACAGCUGGCAGCACCGGUGCUUUUGCCCUGGACCCUACCCACUACGCAGACGUGGACCCGGCUGAUCGCCCGCCUGAACCGCGGCUUGGCCGAGCUGACGGCCCGCCCUGCCCCACGAGGCCGGCCACCCCAGCUCCACCUUGCCUUGAAGCACCCGCUGCAGAGGUGUCCACUGCAGAGGUGUUCAUCACAGCUCCGCCCGAAGCCCGCGAUGUCCACCGGCAGCUCCGCCCAGCCCCGCGAUUGUCCCACCGCAGCUCCGCCCAGCCCCGCGAUGCCCACCGCAGCUCCGCCCAGCCCCGCGAUGCCCACCGCAGCUCCGCCCAGCCCCGCGAUGCCCACCGCAGCUCCGCCCAGCCCCGCGAUGCCCAUCGCAGCUCCGCCCAGCCCCGUGAUGUCCGCUACAUCUCCGCCCAGUCCCGCGAUGCCAUCGCAGCUCCGCCCAGCCCCGUGAUGUCCGCUACAGCUCCGCCCAGCCCUGUAGGCGCUCGUCACGGUUUCCACCCAGCCCUGCCAUACCUAGCCCUAAAAUGCCUACUGCAGCUCCGCCCAGCCCAACUGGACCCAACCCACCAACACGGGAGCAAGGUGGGCCAGACCUCGGGGACGAGACGAGCAGGAGUGGGCGGGGGCCGGCCGGACCCCCGUGUCCCAGGGUUAGAAGGCACCCCAGAGCCGGGCAGAGGCGGAGCCAGCGGCGGGGCUUCUGCGCCCCCAAGUCCGGAGUGGAGCGUGGAGGUAGCGGAUCCCGGUGGGCCCAGCGCCGUGGCCCCCCAGGAGGGACUGGACUCGGACGCUCCCCGACCCCAGACGGCCACCCCCCCGGGGCUGCAAGCGAAACUCAGCACCUCUGGAACGGCGUCGGGAAGAGGCGCCUCGUCCUCCCCGCUCAAAACUCCGGUCCGGGGCCUCUGGCCGCCCCAGCGCCGCUCCGCCCCUCCGCCCUACCAGUCGGCGAGGGCCGCGAGCCGGGGGGCGGCGGCGCGGCUCCCGCCGACCGGACCCCGGCCCGCCGUCCGAGGAGGAGGGCCCCCGGCCCCCGGCUCCGGCCCCCCGGCGGGCGAGAACGGCUGGUCGGAGUCGGACUGGGACGUGUGGCUCCUGUCGGAGCCGGACGGGCUGCGGCCCUCCCCCGGGGCGCUGCCUGGACGCGGAGGGGCCUGCGUCACGCCCGCGUUGGCCCUGCCCGACGGGGCCUACGCCUCCCAGCUGGACUCCGUGCUCACGCCCAGGGCCGAGCUGACUGGACGGGCGGGGAGGGGAGGACCGGCCCCCGCUGCCUGGCACAAGGACGCAGAGGCCACUUUCUUCAGCGCCUUCACAGCCUGCCUGGGCAACUGGGCCAGUUAA